GAGCUGAAGGCGGGCCCAAAGAAGCUCUUCUGAAAGCUUUCGUUGCUGCAAUGGCUGCCGACGGGGCACGACCACAGGAGAGCACAGGCAAAGAGGGUCAAUUUCAAUCGAGCAAACGGGAGAUCAUCCAGAUCCAAAUUGGCAAGGCCGGCAAUGCCAUUGGUAACUGCUUUUGGCGCGAACUCUGUGAUGAGCACAUGAUUGUAACUAACAAUGACCAGCUCCGAGGCUGUUUAGAAGAUGGCGAGCCAGGGGGACAUGGCUACCUGGACGUGUUCUUCAAUGAGGGCCGAAAACGGAGCCACGGCACGCGCCACGUGCCGCGCGCGAUUCUCAUGGACACCAACAUGGGCGACUUAGCCACGGUGGCGCAAGACCCCAGGAUCGGUGAUUUGUAUCGGCCCGAGAACAUCAUCGGAAACGAUGAAAGCUCGGGGAAUUGCUAUGCCAAGGCCUUUCACACCGAAGGUCCUGACCUGGCUGAUAGAUGCUUGGAGAUGGUUCGCAAGGAGGUCGAAAAGUGCAAUUGCCUGCAGGGCGUGCAAUUCACCCAUAGUGCCUCCGGAGGAACGGGUACUGGCCUGACAGGUCUUGUGUUGAAGACUUUGCGGGACUACUUGGACAGGCAAAGCAAGUGUGUCAUGCAAUCCUUUGUCUUGGCGCCAGCCCCGGGUAUUUCGGAUGUGGUGCUAGAGCCCUACAAUUCGGCACUCUGCUUUCAAGAUUUGUUGGAGUACACCGACCAAGUCUUUCUCUUUGACAACAAGGCCCUCAGUGAGAUUUGUCAAAAGGCCUUGGAGCAGGACAUGCCCAAAAUGGCUGACCUGAAUCGCGUGGUGGCUCUUUGCAUGUCUGGCAUUACCAGUUGCUUGAGGUACACGGGGCCUUUAAAUGCAGAUCUCCGGAAGUUGCAGACCAAUCUGGUGCCCUUUAAGAAUGCCCACUUCUUGAUCAGUGGCCUCGCACCCUUGACGGCGAAGACCUCCGAGAAAUAUCGCAAGAGCACCGUCUUGGACUUGGCGCAGCAGAUGUUCUCCAAGGAUAAUGUCACGGUGAAGUGCGAUCCUUUGAAUCCAGGUGACGAGUAUCAUGGCAUCUUGAAGGCCCGGUUCUUGGCCUCCUGGGCGUCGUGGCGAGGGGACUACCAGACCAAGGAGGUGGAUAAGGUCCUCCAUGAUUUCCAAAAGGAUGGAAGUCGCUUUGACAAGUUCUUCCCCGAUUGGAUCCCCAACUCAAUUGCCUCGAACAUUUGUGCGCCUAAGGGUAGCAGCAAGGAGAAGGACAUCCAGAAGGACAGUCGUGUGGUCUUUACCUCGAACAAUACCUCCGUGCACGAGGUCUUUGAUCGAUGCAUUAAAGUCUGGGAUAGCCUCUAUAGAUCCAGAGCCUAUGUGCAUGUGUACGAACAGGAUGGCAUCUCGGUUCAUGACUUAGUGGAGAGCCGGAACAUUGUCAACUACAUUUCUGAUGCCUACAAGGAGUUUGCUCGAUGGGAGGACAAGUUUUUUGAGCAGGAUGGUGGUGGUGGCUACAACAAACCAGUCAUUCGAGAUCGAGCUGUUGAGAAUGACGAGCAGCUGACCAUUGCUGAGGAACUGAAGAAGUUGUGGGAAGGCGAAAUGUACAUAGAGCAAGUCAGUCAUCGGCGAUGAAUGUUGCCGUGGAGGACUCUUGUUUCUCAUGCCAAAGAGCGUUGUAUAUUAACUUGGGCCAGUGGCCACCUGACUGACGUGGCCUGGACGCCCAGAAUUGAGAGCUGAGAGCUGCAAAACGCCGCACCAAACACGGG